AUGAGGGAAAGUGAAGAUAUGGAUGAUUAUUUCCGGAUUUUUGAAAUGACUGCAAGGGCACAAUCCCUACCUGAGGGGGACUGGGUUGGUAACUUAGUACCCAAGCUAACUGAAAAGGCUAAGUCAAUCUACUUAGAAAUUCCUGACCCUGCCUGCCAAGGUUAUUUCGAAAGUAAGGCUAUUAUCAUUAAAGCUUACCAGUUAACUGCUGAUCAUUAUAGAUAUAGGUCUCGGACUUCGGAGAAAAAACCUGAUGAGGAUUUUGUUCAGUGGGGAAACAGGACCCGGAGGUGCCUCAAUCGUUGGAUGGCCGUUGCCGAGGCUACAGGGGAUGCAGAAAAAAUCAUCGAACAAAUAAUGAUGGAGCGACUCCUCGAUGCAGUAAGCCCUGAACUUAGAGCUUGGUUAAAGGAACAGGAGCCAAAGACUGCUGAGGAACUUGGUAAUCUCGCUAAUUUGCAUGUUCAGUCCAGAAAAGGACCACCUGUUGAGGGUAAGUAUGUAACAAACCGAGGUGGGGGAAAAUUUGGGAAAAAGGAAAGGUUUGGAGGUAAGGCAGACGAUUCUUUGCCUGAAGAGAAACAAAAUCAAAAUUAAGGAAAGCCUUCAAAGCCCUGACCAUCCCCCGAACAAAAGACUUCAAAGCCUGAAAUUAAGUGCUACAAAUGUGGUCAACCAGGACACAUGUCGUUUAACUGUGGUGAGGGUCGUGGGAAGCCCUCACAGGGGUACCUGCUGUGCAUGA